AUGGAAUACAGCUUUGAAGAAAUUACUAGAACUCUUCUUUCUCGUACGCCAUUACCUUCUCUACUUGCUCCGCCACCUACGGAUCAUUCAAAACGUGUAUCAAGUACACCUUGGAAUCAAACAGUACAUAAUGAAAUAUUACAAUUACAAAAAAAUUCUACUACUCCACUAUUUGCUAUAGCGAGUCUUCAUUUAUUUAAUGACGAUAUUGGCUCGUGCCAUGAUAUUGUUGAAAAACAUAGUGGUCAUGAUAUAGCUGAUUACCUUCAUUAUUUACUUCAUCGACGCGAAGGAGACUAUUGGAAUGCAAAAUGGUGGGUUCGUCAAUUGAAAAGUCAAGAAUUCAAAUCGGUUUAUUUAUCAGAAAAAUAUAAUUUAUUUGGUAAUCAAAAAAAUACAAAUGAUUUAUCAAACAGUGCUCAAUUAGUUGAAGCACAAAAACGUGCACAAACAUUUGUUGAUCGAUGUGAACAAGCGGAAAGACAAGAGGAUGAAGAAGAAAAAAAACUAUUAAAACAAAUGCAAUGGGAUGAGAUGAAAACAGUUUUUGGAUUCGCUCGAAGAUAA